AUGUCAGUAACUCCCGAUGACGGCAACCUCAUGUAUUUUGUGGGGCACGGGCGCAACAUUCUUAUCAACAGCCCUGAGAACAGCGAUGACACCCACCUCGUCUCUCGCGACCAGCUGAAGCUAUUUAUCGCGUACUCCCACACCCUCCAUAACAAAUCUCCUCGAGCGUGUCCACCCGGCCCCCUGGGCUAUGACUUCUUCAUGCAUGUGUUCAACAGCGAGGGACUGCAUUCAUCUGCAUCCUAUCUGGACGAGUCAGGCACUGUCGUCAGCAAUGGGGCCUUGCCCAAACUCUCAGACAUCAUUGGAGAGGUAGAGGAGGAGGACAUUAGCUUGUCAUCCACCCGCAUGGCACAGGUGGAACAAAUGGUCUGGCACACGGCUCUGAGCGCUUCCCAUCAGCGGGAGAAGAUGGAGAUGCGUCGUGCUGGACAGAGGAAGGAAAAGAACUUCGGACGUAAGCAGACACAGAAGGUCAAUAAAAAGGGUCUGGGGAAGAUCAGGAAGGAAUCUGACCUGCCCACUACAUAUCCCUCAGUGGGGCCCUCAACCAUUGGAACAGCAGAAGAAGCUAUGGCUGUGACGGACUGA